GGAUAGAGAGGCCGGAAGUUCUCACCACGCCGGGUGGUGGAAGCGUCCAGCGGCGGCGAGAACGGGGUCCGCUGGGGGUUUGACUGUGUUGGCGAGGCAGACGGUCGGCGUCAGCGGCCUGGGCUUCGGUUCUGCACGAUGGCGUCUCGGGCAGGCCCGCGAGCGGCCGGCACCGACGGCAGCGACUUUCAGCACCGGGAGCGCGUCGCCGUGCACUACCAGAUGAGUGUAACGCUCAAGUCUGAAAUCAAGAAGCUGAUCUACGUGCAUCUGGUCAUAUGGCUGCUGUUGGUUGCCAAGAUGAGUGUGGGACACCUGAGGCUCUUGUCACAUGAUCAAGUGGCUAUGCCCUAUCAGUGGGAAUACCCUUAUUUGUUGAGCAUUGUGCCCUCUCUCUUGGGCCUUCUCUCCUUCCCUCGAAACAACAUCAGCUACCUGGUGCUGUCCAUGAUCAGCAUGGGGCUCUUCUCCAUCGCUCCCCUCAUUUACGGCAGCAUGGAGAUGUUUCCUGCAGCACAGCAACUCUACCGCCAUGGCAAGGCCUACCGCUUCCUGUUUGGCUUCUCUGCUGUCUCCGUCAUGUACCUGGUGUUGGUACUGGCAGUCCAAGUUCAUGCCUGGCAACUGUACUACAGCAAGAAACUCUUGGACUCUUGGUUCACCAGCACACAGGAGAAGAAACGUAAAUGAAGCCUGCCUGAGGACUUCUGAUGGGUAAACCCUCGGUCUCCUGUUGAGCAGCAUGAAGGGGGCUGUUCAGAAUCUCCAUAACUGGGGCAUCUGUAAUGCUGGCCCCGCGUGCACACAAGGCUCAAACUUUGGCUUGAGUUCUGUGACCGUCUGUUGAGGUGACGAAGCUGUAGCGUUUAAUUUAUUCUUGACUAGCUACAGCUGGGUGACCGAUGUCGCACACUUCGACUGGCUGAAGUUCAGGCCCUUCAGGGUCUGGUUUUUCCAGACUGAGCCUUAUUCUUGACUUCUCUUGAUUGUAUUCCCUACUCCAUCCAUCACCUCUUCACCACCAAUACUAGAAGAGAUCUGGAAUAAAUCAGUACAUGAGAUUCUACUUAAUCUGUGGGUCAUGGACCGGGCAACAUAUGGGAAGUUGCUCCCCUACAGACUGCUCUGUUCACUGCAAACCAUUUUCAUUAAAAAGAAUCUCAAUAAAGUUAAGACUGUCCUGUG